AUGAAAAGUGUGUCGAUCUUAAUUUCUCUCAUAUUUUUAACAUAUUUUGUUAAUUCCAAUCAAUGGUGUGAACUUGGAUCGACUAUUCUAUACACAAAUAACACCUCUUGUACUCAAAAUGGGUGGAGCGUUAAAAUAAAUUUGAAUAAAUAUGAUUUUUUACUUACAAAUACUAUGGCUAUAACAGGGGCUAUAACAUUUGAAGACACAUCAAAUGACCAAAAAUCAAUUAACUUUUAUUUCCAAAACCCUCUUAUAACUGUUUUAUAUGUGAAAGUGAGUUCCAGUUCCACCCUUUUAUACUUUGACGAAGAAACCCGCCCAAAGGAUCUGCAAAUCGUUUUUGCGUGUGACCAAAACGAAUUUAAAUGUCGCGAAAAUGUCGAUUUGGGGAAACAACCGAAUUUUUACGUUGCACAAAACGCACUUUUGAUUUUUUCAGUGAUCGACCAAAAGCCGUGGAUUUCUAGUAAUAGAAGUUAUACACAAAAAAUAGCUUAUUUAUACAUCGACGGCAUUUCCCAACAAACUGUCAAUUUUGAAUUCAUCACAAAUCCAUUUCUGGGAGAACAAAACGCGCCAACGCGGUAUUUGUUCACCGGAAAGUCGGGAGAUAACCAAAUUAGUUUUGAUGGGAAAACUCCUUUAAAUUUAGUUCCACGGAGCGUUUGUGAAAAAAAUGGAAUUCACAGGUUUUUGGUGUUUGACGAACAUUUUAAUAAUGACACAAAAAAUAAAAAUUGCUUUUGUGAACCAAAUAACACUGAUUUUAGUUAUGAAAAUAAUUUUAACUUUCCAGACUGUUACUAUAACAGCUCGAUGUUUAUUUUGAACUUAAUGAAUUUGAUAGAAAAUAAGGAAGACCAAAUUGUUAUCACUUUUGAAAGAACAAAAUGGGCGUCUGUGCUCUUUUCAAGUUCUAAAAAAUAUCAACUUUUGUCACAGAACUCGGAAAUACUCACAUUCGACGAAAUUAAUUUAAAAGAUAAUGCAAAUGUAACUUUUCAUAUGAGUGUAAUUGUCAAGAAAUUUGUCGUGUACAAAAUCACUGAUUUUCACUUUCUCAAUAAUUUGGAAAUAUCGGAAAUAAAUGUUAUUGAUAAAAAUAGUGUGAUAAACGAUAUUUUGUUUGCAGUAGAUGGAAGUUAUGUUGACAAAAGUGAUGUAACUACAAAAUGUGGUAAAAGAUGUAUUCUUAAAGAAAGUGUGAAUAGUUUAUGUAAUUGUUCUUAUACUAUAAAUGGAUGGUAUCCAGUUGGUUAUUAUAAUAGAAAUAAAGGCGACUGUUUUGUUGUAUCAAAUCAACAAGAAUUGACUCUAUUUAUAUCAUCUCCAAAUUACGUUGUUUCAAAUAAUGAAAAUUGGAAAUCUGUGAUAUUUAACACGAGUUUUGUGAGUAUCACCGGAAAUUAUAAUUUCACUGUUAAUGUUAUGAAUGUUACAAAUUGUAUCAACUCCGUUUCACAAAUUUAUUGUAACACACUAAUUUUGGGACAAAAUUCUGAAAUUUCUAUUCAAUCUUCGGGUGUUCUUUUUAUUCAAAAUGUUGUUUUUGAAACUGUAAAAGAUAACAUGAACAAAAAUGGUAUAAUCAAAGUCUAUAAUGGUGGUAUUUUGUUAUUUACUGACAUUCGUUUUGUUUUUCCAGACACUUUUAUUAACGACGCAUCAUGUUUUGAAUUUGUGUCUUUUCAACAAACACAAAACAUUACUAUUACACUAGCAAAAUACAUCAAUCUUAUUGGAAACAAAUUGAUUCGAAUUUGUCCCCAAAACGUUACUCAAUUUAAUGAUGAAGUCAUUUGUGAAGUCAUUGGAGAUUAUUUUGAAUCAUAUGAUAAUUACACAAAUAAUGUUCUUCAUUGUCCGGUAUCGUCACUGUAUUCCAAAAUUGUUGUGAGUAACACUUUUUUAAAUCAAACAAUAAAUUUUGAUGGACAAUUUGUGCAAAAUCAAAAUGUGAUAAAAUUUACUAAAAGUAAUUCUAUUUCUACUAGCUUUUUUAAUGAUAAUAUAAAGUCGGUUUUAUUUGUGUUAAACUCUUCGGGAAUCGGAGGGGCGUUUUCAACUCUGAAAGGCGCAGACAAAUUGUAUGUGGGAGACUUGUUUGGGUUUUCUUACACAACGAAAACAAAACUUAAUACAAAUUUGAUGAUGAUUACAAACACAAAAUUUAUCAAGAAAGAAAGUCAAUUCAUUGAAGUCAUUUCUUCUCCUUUGUUUCAGACAAAUGCACUAUAUGUCACAUCACAAAAUGUUGUGAAAAAUUUACAAUGCAAAACAAGUUACUUAAAAAAUGGAAUUUGCACUACGUUUAGUGACAAUUGCAAUCAAAUCUACAAAAACGCAAAUGGUAAAAAUAUCACAUGUGAAAGUUGUCCAGAUAGAUAUGAAGCUUACAAAAAUAGUUGUGAUGAAUGUCCGUCACAUUGCAUUCAUUGUAAAAAUAGCAAAUGUGUCCAAUGUGAUUUAUCUUUUUAUAAUCUCAAUCAUACGUGUUAUCCAAUUAUAGAUCCGUCUGUUAUAGAAUAUAAAUACGACAGAGUUUUGUUAUGCAAAAAUGGGACUUACCCAUCAGGACACACGUGUAAAAAUUGCAGUGCAAAUUGCGUUUUGUGUUAUUCUGAAAAUCAGUGUGUAAUUUGUGAUACAAAAUAUGUGUAUAAAAAUGGUGGAUGUCAAUUGGCCGACGAAUCGGGAACUGAAUUAGCCACAGAUAAAGAGUCCUUAUUUUGUUCUCAAAAUUAUUAUUUAGAUAAUGGCAAGUGCUUUUUAUGUUCAACUCAAUUUGGUGCGUUAUGUCAAAAUUGUGAUUUUCAAAAAUGUUAUUCAUGUGAAAAUGGAGUUAUAAAUAGCACCGGAAAGUGUACCGAUAUAACAACAAGUGGCUGUCUUAUAACAAAUUCAUCGUAUUGUUCUGGGUGUAUUUCCGCACAAAAUUACAUUUCUAUAAAUGGAUAUUGCAAAGAAGUGACAAAUUGUGAAAUAACUUCACUUCUUGGAAAUUGCCUGUCAUGCCGUGACGGGUAUUUUCCACAUAAUGGGAAGUGUACCCGAUAUCUCGGAGACACCAACUGCGACUGUGUUAGGUAUGAAGACAAAAAGUGUUUGCGUUGUUCAUCGAAGCAUUAUUUGAAUGAUGGAAUUUGUUAUUCAUGUUCUUCAAAUUGUGAGAAAUGUACAAAUGGGUCGUAUUGUUUAAAGUGUACCACUGACUAUUAUCUUGUUGAAAAUAUGUGCAAAGAAUCUUCUGAAAAUUCUUCUGUUAAUUUGGACCACUGCAAAACAGUUGUUUUGGGAAUGUCUGUCUGCGCAGUGUGUGAAAAAUAUUAUUUUCGAAAUAGUUUUGGGAAGUGUGUAAAGUGCGUAGAAAAUUGUAAAGAAUGUAAUCAAAAAGAUAAAUGUAUAACAUGUAAAACCAAUUUUUUUCUCCUUGAAAAUUCGACGCAAUGUCUUUCAUACACUUUUCUUGAGAAUUGCAAAACAAAAAGCCCUACUGGGUGUUUGUCUUGUAAUUCGGGCUUUUUCGUCGAUUCACAAUUUUGUGUUUCGUGUGAUACAAAAAUAGAACAGUGUGAAUUGUGUGACGAAAAUCAAAAAUGCACAAAAUGCACUGAUGAUUUUGUUUUAGUUGACAAAAUUUGUGUUUCAAAAAGUAACAUCACAAAUUGUAUUAAAGUUUCUAAUUCAAAAUGUUCAAAAUGCACGUUCUGGAAUGUUCCGACAUCUUCCGGCACUUCAUGUCGCAAGAAAGUUGUGUGGUGGGUUGUUUUUUUGCUUGUUUUAUUUGUGUUAUUCGUUUUUGUCACUUUGAUAUUUGUGUUCAUCGCAGUGGUGCUUUUCUUGAUGAAAAAACACAGAGAAAAUAAAAUACGAGAAAAGACGUGUAUUUUUGAUAUUAAAAAUUCAAAUAUAACUUUCAACCACAAAGCAAAAAGUGAUUUUAUGCUAAACACGGACAACGUCCAAUUUUUUGGAGACCAAGGAGAAAUUCCUGUUUUAAAGAAGUCUCGUGAAUUACUUUGUGUUGGGAAUAAUGGCAAAACGAUACUUAAAGUUCAAAUCAGUUUUAAAAAUAGUGAUAAAUACCUCAUUGAGACAAAUCCAAGUGUUAUUUCUAUUCCUGGCGGCAAAGCUGCCGAGUUUGAGUUAUUACUGACUCCAAAAUGUAGUUGUCAUUUUAGCGACUCAAUUUCUGUAAUAACAAUCAAUUUAAAAACCGGUAAAAAAACGCACACUAUGGUGAAGAUUUCUGGUCGAACAGAGGUCUCUACUUUACUUGAUUUUGACGAAAUCAAAGAAAAAAAGAAAAUUGGGGAAGGGGGGUUUGGAGUUGUUUAUCGCGGAGAUUUUCGAGGAAAUGAUGUUGCGAUCAAAAAGAUGAAAGAUGUUUUCAAUAGUGAGGAGUCGAUUAUUGAAUUUGAAAAAGAGGUGAAAAUGUUAGACAAAUUUCGAAGUGACUUUAUUGUUCAUUUUUAUGGUGCUGUGAUGAUCCCAAACAAAAAGUGUUUAGUCACCGAAUUUGCGCAAUUUGGCAGUUUAGAAAAUGUUAUUGAAAAACAUUUCCACACCAAAAAAGAUCUUUUGUUGUCGGCUUUGUCACCAAAAUGUGACACUUCUGUUCCGCUCCAAAUGCGGAUCAAAUUGUUAUUAGACGCGGCAAAAGGAAUUUUGUAUUUACACGAAAAUGGGAUUUUACACAGAGACAUUAAGCCCGACAAUAUUCUUGUGUUUUCAUUAGAAAAAGACAUGAAAGUGAAUGCAAAAUUGACUGAUUUUGGAACAUCACGAAACAUCAAUUUGUUAAUGACAAAUAUGACCUUCACUACGGGUGUUGGAACUCCAACGUAUAUGGCUCCCGAACUUUUGGGAAGACAGAAGUACAAGAAAAGUGCAGACGUGUAUUCAUUUGGUAUCACUUUGUAUGAAGGAGUGUCUUUCAAUUUCGCUUUCCCACAAGAAAAGUUUGAAUACCCAUGGAAAAUAGCCGAAUUCGUGAUGGAAGGGAAAAGACCUCCGCAAGACGACAUCCCAAAUUCUAUUUUUAUUAUCAUUAAAAACUGUUGGAAACAAAUCCCAGAAGACAGAAGUGAAAUGCAAAACAUCGUCUGCGAACUGCAAAAAUGGCUGUAA